AUGAAUGGACCAUCAUCAUCAUCACCAAGUGGUCAUUCAUACUCAUCCCCUAAACAACAACAACCAUAUGUUGCACCAGGCAAACAAUACAAACCAAGUGGCGGUGGCGGUGGAGGCAGCGGCGGCAGCAACAACCUAAACAAUCACAAGAAGUAUAACAAUAAUAAUAAUAAUAACAAUAUCAACAACAACAACAAUGGACCUCCACUUGGAGGUGGAGGAGGUGGAGGCGCUGGAAGUGGUGGACAUAGAAUAGGUAGCAUUAAGCCAGCAUCGGCAAUGGAUAAUAAUAUAUACAUACCAACAGGUUCAUUGCACGCUUCACCCAAGCCACAUCAUGGACAUGUAAAGCAGUCUGCUUCGCUCUCACAGUCGAUACAGCCUCUUCAUCCGACGACCACAACCACAUUGAUAUCGACAACAAUGACGACGACUACAAUACCUCUGGCAUCGACCCCACCACCUCAGGCCGCCAGCAGACUACAGCUUGGUCUGUCAUCCCCAGGCGGUGGCGGCGGUGGCGGUGGUGGCAAGGGAAAGAAGAAGGCGACUAAUGGCGUGGUCACGGCCACCCCAACAACUCCAUCAACAUCAUCAGCAUCCUCACCAAUUACAUCAGCAACAAUGAUUGAUCAUCCUGGCACGACGGCAUCAUCAUCAUGCAACACAUCAGGUGACAGCAUCAUUAAGAAAGAGGCAUAUGUGGACAACACCGAGUGGACGUCCCGAUCACUCUUUAUCCACAACAUUGUGCCCGAUAUGCAAGAGAUGCACCUGAUCAACUUCCUCAACACCUCGCGUCCCUUUGAGUUCCGCCAGUCUGCCAAGCCCAACCAGCUCUACGUGCUAUUCAACUCGCCCGAGCAUGCCAAAGAGGUCUUCUACAACGUCCUAGGCAAGCGUAAGAUUGAUAAUGGCGGCCAACCUUGUGUCAAGUUGCUAUUCAAUGGCGAGUAUAAGACUGUGAUAAGGACUACGACUCCAGACCCUUUCCCUUUGUUUGCAGCGCAACAACCAAUCCAAGGUCAACCGAUAGCUCAACAACUGCAACAACAACAACAGCAGCAGCAACAGCAGCAGCAACAACAACAAGUUUACAUUGCUGCGGCACCUCAACACACUGCAGCCUACAUCGACCCAACCACUGCAUCAUCUUACAUCCCCGCCAGCCUGUAUCACAACCCUCAACAGAGCUACUACGACCCAAUCCAAUACUACCAGGCACAGACGCCAACCAUCUCUCCUCUGGCCACCUCUAUGCCCAUCCUCUAUCAAGGCGUAAACGAUGCGGUUGUGCAGUCAUCACUCAAUCUCAAUGGAUCGAUCCCAAUGGAGCCGAUGUACUUGUCGUCGGACGACUACGCGAUGCCCAGGGGAAUGGCACUCAACCAACAUCAACACUAUCACCACGGUCCCAUUGGCAUGUCGCCAGUGUCGCCCGCUGGUGGCAAACACCACCAUCACCACGCCAAUCACUCGCAUCAGGCCGAGUACUUUAACAUACUGGACGGCCUCCGCGAUGACCAGAUCCUAAUAUACCCAGCCAACUCUCUCAGCACGCUGCAGCGCAUCUCGACAUUCAACUUUAAGAAGUUCCCUGCGCUGUUCUCUCAGUCAAACCUGCUCAACGCGCCACAGACCAAGGCGACGCUAGUCACGGGCUUCAUCAGGGACCAUGAGGACAAGAUGAACAUCCCUGCGCCCUCGCACGCCAAGACACACCACUCCUCACACGAUGGCUCGCUAAACAACAACAUCAGCAACCACAACGGCAACAACAAUGGAUUGGGAUCAAUGAAUGGCGACCACCAUCACAACCCCGACCAUCCACACGUCUACUACUUCUGGUGCUACGAGAAGUCCACGCCACUACUACACCUCAUCACCAACAUGAGUGUGUCCCACAUGCGCGAACGGUGUGGUCGCUUAUCCAUGCUGAUCCUGACCGACUUCUCCGAGGACAACUCCUACGCCAUUGGCAACAUCCAGUUCUUCUCGGGCUCUCCCCUCGACGCCAUGACCAUCACUCGCUGCAUCCUGCUCAAUCACCAAGUGUUCCACUCGGAGCAUUUCCCACAAGAGCUGAGCGACAUGCACGAUGACUGGAUCCCCUCAGAGGAGGAAGAAGCGCAGCGAAUCGACCUCACGCAUCUCUGUCCAAUCACGAUCGACCCACCCUCGUCUACUGACCUGGACGACGCGCUGUCUUUCCGAGUGCUAGAUGAGAAGCACGAGGGCAAGAGCGUGUUUGAGGUGGGCAUCCACAUCAGCGACGUGUCUCACUUCCUCGACAAGAGCUCCAAGCUGGACUUGGAGGCUGAGUUCCGUCUCAACGCCAUAUACCUCGUGGGCUCGGUCAUCCCUAUGCUGCCCAAGAACUUGUCGUCCAACACGUGCAGUCUGCGACUGUUCCAGAAGCGUUUCUGCUUCUCCCUGCUCGUCAAGAUUCGCUCAGACGGCAAGGUGAUCGCCUACACAUUCGCCAAGAGCUUCCUGCGUACGCUGGGCCAUCUCUCCUAUGAGAAGGCACAAAAGACCAUCAAUCGCUACAAGCAACAGCACGCAUGCAUUGACAACUAUCAGAACAAUCAAGCAAGUGAGAUGAACAUCAAGGAUUCGAGCAAGAGUCUGGAAGAGAUACUUGACCGCAUCCAUCUCGACCAUGUCUGCAAAGAAAGAGUGGACUUUGUCAACUGUUGCAGCAAGUCUCUGGAGGAGCGUGUGAGCAAGUCGAUCUGGGGCCUGUACCUGGUCAGCUCGCUGCUCAACAACAUCCGACGUGACAGAGGCGAGAUCUUUGACAUUGGCCUCAACAUCCAAUAUGAGUUGGCAGUCGAUGGCACACCCUUCCGCGUCGACCUGCUGCCAAAGCUAGAGAGCCACGUCCUCGUUCAGGAAUACAUGCAUUUGGCCAACAAUGUUGCGGCCAUCUCGCUGCUAAAGAACAACACAGAGUUUGGCAUCAUCUAUGCGCCAUGCUCGCUGGCCCAGAAGACGGCCGAGUCUAACGAACUUGCCGCGCUGCACAUCACACCCUCACAGCUGGACAAUCGCAAGCGAUUCUUUGAUCGCAUUAACAUCUUUAUUCAUCAGUUCACCAACGAGGUAUCGAUCGCGCCCAGCGAUGAUUGGCGCGUCAUCAAACAAAAGGUCGAGAAGUGCAUCAAGCUACUCUCUUAUGAGCAGAUGCAGGCACUUCGCCGUCUAACCAUCCAUCUGAUGGAUCCCACCCGAUACAUAACCGUGUUGGACAAGCUACAACAACAACAAGGCAGCUAUAACAACAACAACAACUCCUCAACUACAUCAACAUCAACAUCAUCAAUGGCGUCCAACGAAGACCAUGCACAAUAUACACACUUCACUGCACCGAUACGUCGAUACAUGGACGUCAACAUUCACCGAGUGCUCUCACUCCAACUGGACAAGGAGGUAAAGUGGACCUCCGACCUGACGAUCAAGCCCUACUGGCAGGACCCAGCGGCGCUGGCGCGCUUCAAGGAGUCGCUGCCAAUCGGCCCCCAGCUCAGCACGCUGUGCCAGCGCUACAACGAGAUCUCGUGGAAGCGCAAGAUCUCCGAGAAGCUCAGCUCCCUGUAUCUGGCGCUCUACCUGUGGGAGCACGGCCCGAUCACGACUCCCGCCGUCAUCCUGGCCAUCCCCUCCAAACAUUUGAUCAUCUAUCUGGUGGACUUCAACAUGGAGAUCAGCUGCGACAAGAACGAGUUCGACUCACUGGACGAGGGCGACCAUGACCUGCAGGUCGCCAGCCAGCUAGAGGUCUUCCUCUCGGUCGAACCGUUCGUGCUUUUCCGCAACACGCUCAUACCCAAGGUGCGCGUGUCCAAGCACCCGCUGUUCCCCAUGUAG